GAACUGCUGAUAACCAGACAGAGCAAGUCCUUAAUGAAACGUUGAACUAUCAAAAUGUUCAAUACCUGAUAAUUCCAAAGAAUUUGUCCUGGAAUGAUGCAAUGGCUGCAUGCAUAAAUAAGCAGAUGCAGCUGGUCAGCAUCACAGAUCAGUUCCAGCAGGCUUUUCUCGCUGUUCAGGCCGCCCUUCGCAAUUACCCGCUGUGGAUCGGACUCUUCAGCAGAGAUGGUGGAAAACACUAUGGCUGGCUGGAUGGGAAACACGUCAGUUUUAGUCGCUGGUCUGAGGAUGAUGUAGAAACAAGUGAAGAAUGUGUGUUUUUGGAUACUGAUGGCUUCUGGAAAACGUCUGACUGUUCCUCUGAAAAUCGAGGUGCUAUUUGCUACGCAUCAGAAAGAAAGAUUGAAAAAGAAGAAGUUACACAAGUUAAGUGCCCUCAUAAGAUUAAAAAUACACCCUGGAUAUCAUUUAGAAACAAUUGUUACACUUUCAUGAUAACAAAAAACAGAUGGAGAGAACUGAAGGCUCAAGAAGCUCAUCAUUUAUGCAAGAAAAUGAACCCAGAAGCGUUUGUUCUGAGCGUCCGAGAUGAAGAAGAGAACAACUUUGUUACUGAGCAGCUUCGUUCCUUCAGUGGUCUGGCGAUGUGGGUCUGGCUGGGUGUGAUUUAUGAUGACAGUGAUAAAGUUCUCAAGUGGUAUGAUGAAACUCAUCUGACUUACAAUAACUGGAGGCUGGGAAGACCUAACAUAAAGAAGAACAAUUUUUUUGCUGGUGUAAAUCUUGAUGGCUUUUGGGAUAUUUAUAAUUAUUCUCAAAGUUGGCAUGCUCACCACUAUAAUGUGUACAGUAUUCUCGCCUGUAAAAUCGACAGGGGACCCCAGCAGCACAAGCCUCCAUUGCCUGAGUCUAUUCCACACGGAAACAGAACAUACAGGAUCCUUCAGAAGAAGUUAACGUGGUACGAGGCACUGAGAGAAUGCAAACAAAAUAGGAGUGAUUUAGCAAGUGUACACAGUGAAUCACAACAGUUAUUUCUAGAAGACAUUGUCAAGCAGGAUGGCUACCCUCUGUGGCUUGGGUUAUCAGUUCAUGAUGGAAGUGAAGCCAAUUUUGAAUGGUCAGAUGGAAGCGACUUUGACUACUACCCUUGGGAAUUGGAAAACUCAAAUACUACUGAGAACUGUGUUCUCUUGGACACUAAAGGAUCUUGGAACCGUAUAAGGUGUACAAAUGUGGCUGAAGGUGCCAUUUGCUAUAGCCCUCCAAACAAGAGACAAUUGCAGCCAAAGCAAGCGAGCAGAGCCCCAGGAUGCCCGCAGAUUGGUGGUACCCUCCCUUGGGUACAGUAUAAGGAUCAUUGUUAUGCAUUUGACAUGGCUUUCUACAAUUUUUCAGUGUAUAAUGUGGAAGACGCUAAGAAAGUCUGCCAGCAACUGAAUCCUUCAGCAACCCUUCUGACUAUAGUGGAUGCUGAAGAAAAUGCAUUUGUGAGUGCACACAUAAAGGAAAAUGAUCUCAUCACCAGGAAUGUGUGGCUUGGCCUUGCUCAGAGCUCUAAGGAUCAGUCCCUGAACUGGCUCGAUGGUUCAUCAGUUAAUUACGUCAACUGGGAAAACAAAACUGCAGAGGUCAAUGACAAAUGCAGCGUCAUCCUGUCCACAACUGGCACGUGGUCCAGAGUUGACUGCAGCCGUAGUCAAAGCAGAGUGGUUUGUAAAGCUCCUUUAGGUUCUAAUCAUACCGGGGUGGCUGUAGCGUUUGCCCUGCUAAUUAUCUUGGUCUUCAUUGUGGGAUUAGUGUGGUAUCUGUAUAAAAAGAAGCGUCUUCACUGGAGCACCUUCUCUUCAGUACGGUACCAAAGAGGAAUGAACGAUGAUGAAGCGGAUGAUAUGUUCACAAAAGAUGGCUAUUGA